CUAAGGUAUCACCUGGACUAUAACUGUUGAUUUUUUUCAUAAUUAGGUACAAUUUUAUGAUGUUUACCAGCAUCCAUCCUUGCCACAAUGCAGCUUCUCUUUCACAAGUGCAGUCAAGCAGGGACAAUAAGCAAAUGCUCAAAUUAUGAGCAGCUAGAACAAGGUUUGCGCAGGAGCCUGUAUGUCAUUCAAUAAGAUCAUAUAGCCCCCUAAGAUAAGAUUACAGAGGAUUUUGAAAUGUGCAAUACAAAUUUUGCUCAUCCUAGCCCUGAAUAAGUGGGGAACACCAGAUAGAAAUCCUGACCCGAAACGCACCUAUCCAUGUUCUCCAGGGAUGCUGAAUAACCAGCACCAGCCAGUUACUCCAGCAGUUUGUGUUUGUUUUUUGGGACAAACCAGCAUCUGCAGUUCCUAGUUUCUAACGCCCAGACAGAGUUUGACAGGUUGCUCACUCUUCCAGCCCAGGAGCUGGUGCAUUGGAGACGCCGGUGUCUCCAGCAGCAAAGAUUGGAUACUAGAGGAGCAGGGAGUUGCGCGGUCACCUUUGACCUAGGAAAGGCGCCGGAUUCGAGCAGCGAUUGACCGCCGCCGUCUGGCGAUGGUGAGCGGCGCCCGCGGUCUCGGCAACAGCAACAACAGCAGCAACUUCUCGAAUGAGCGGCGGGCGGCAGCGGACUCUGUUCCAGAGUUGGGGCCCCGAAGCGAGUGCACGGCAGCCCCGUACUGCGGGCAGGCCGGUGGGCCUACUGGCCCAGGGCAGGCGGCGCCCGGAGAAGGAGAAGGAGGAGGCGGCGGCGGCGAUAGCAGCAGCUCAGGCCGCCCCGGGCAGCUUCGAGGACGGCGAGGAUGACGACGUGCUGCUGGUGGCGGUGUUCGAGGCGGAGCGGGGCCUGGGCUGUGGCAGUCAGCGGGUCGAGACCGGCACCACUCUUUCUGGUUUCGACCUGUCCGCUGGGGACGUGUGGAUUUAUCCAAAUAAUUGGCCGAUCCGGACCUACCAGUUCGAUAUGGUCCACGCCGCCCUUUUCCAUAACACGCUGGUCUGUCUGCCCACUGGCCUGGGCAAGACCUUCAUCGCUGCAGUGUCGAUGUACAACUUCUACCGCUGGUAUCCUGCGGGGAAAAUUGUGUUCAUGGCCCCAACGAAACCUCUGGUCGCUCAGCAGAUCGAAGCUUGUUACAAGGUGAUGGGUAUCCCGCAGAGCCACAUGGCAGAAAUGACAGGACACACACAGGCAUUGAAUCGCCAGACUAUUUGGAAUACCAGGCGCGUUUUCUUCCUCACACCACAGGUUAUGAUGAAUGACCUUUCUCGAGGAGCUUGUCCAGCUACUGAUGUGAAGUGUUUGGUGGUGGAUGAAGCACAUAAGGCACUAGGAAAUUAUGCUUAUUGCCAGGUUGUUAAGGAGCUAUGUAACUAUACACAUCAAUUCCGUGUUCUGGCCUUGACUGCCACGCCAGGUGGGGACAUAAAGGCUGUACAGCAAGUAAUUUCAAACCUGAUGAUUUCACGUCUGGAGGUCAGGUCUGAAGAUUCAAUAGAUAUCCAACCGUACUCUCACCAGCGACAUGUCGAGAAGUUUGUUCUUCCUUUGGGUCCUGAGCUGAUUGCUGUUCAGUCUUUAUACCUACAGGUCUUGGAAGCAUUCACAAGACGUCUGCUUAAUAUUGGAGCCAUGCUUCAUAAAGAUGUAGCAAAUUUGACCAAAUAUCAAAUUGUUCUUUCACGUGAACAAUUUAGAAAAAAUCCACCAGGAAACAUUGGGGGUGUUCAACGAGGUAUGGCAGAAGGAGAUUAUGCUCUUUGUAUUAGUCUUUACCAUGGAUAUGAACUUUUAUUACAAAUGGGAAUGCGCUCUUUAUAUGCCUACCUCGAAGGCAUUAUGGAUGGGUCCAAAGGAAUGACACGAGUAUGCAAUGAACUUUGCAGGAAUGCUGUUUUCAUGGAGAUGUACGAGAAGCUGAAAGCCACGCUCUCAAGUGGAAGCACUCUUUUAACAUCUCAAAAGGGUCCUGAAAAUGAGAAACAACUCAUCUACAGUCACCCUAAGCUACAAAAGCUUGAAGAAGUUGUAUUGAACCAUUUCCAUUCCCGGGCAGCAUGUGGAGGUCCAAACACAUCUGGUGGAAAGGUUGAUGGUCCAAGUACUCGUGUUAUGAUCUUCUCCUCAUAUCGGCACAGUGUUCAAGAAAUUGCUGAGAUGCUCAGCAAACAUCAGCCUCUUGUGAAAGUCAUGACAUUUGUUGGACAUGCUUCAGGAAAGAAUACCAAAGGGUUUACACAGAAGGAGCAGCUUGAGGUAAUGAGGUGCUUUCGUGAAGGUGGUUACAAUGUUUUGGUUUCUACGUGCGUGGGUGAAGAAGGUUUGGACAUUGGGGAAGUUGACCUCAUUAUUUGCUUUGAUGUUCAAAAGAGCCCUAUUCGCAUGGUCCAAAGAAUGGGCCGAACAGGCCGGAAGCGAGAAGGCAGAAUAGUGGUCCUUCUUGCUGAAGGACGAGAAGAGCGGACCUACAACCAAAGUCAGUGUUCCAAGCGGAGCAUUUACAAAACCAUUCUAGGAAAUGGUAACAAGACCUUUCACCUUUACGCUAAUAGUCCACGCAUGGUUCCCAAUGGUCUGAAUCCUGCUGUGCACAAGAUGUACAUAACUACUGGAGAGUAUGAAACAAAUAAUGUAUCAAGGAACGCAACAAAGCAUGGAAGAAAGCCGAUUAUUCUACUUCCAGAAUCAUUUGGGUACAGCAAAUCUACAGUGAAUAAGCAGACAAAGGAGGAUGGAUUAUUAACUCCUGAAGAAUUUGAAUUAUGGGACAGAAAAUUCCGAUUGAAAACUGAUUUGGAGACGCCAAAAUUAUUGUUGCUUCCAUUUGAAUAUGUAAAGGAUGGACCGAAAGAUAUGGAACAGGAGAGUGGUUCAAUUCGUGAACUUUCUCUGUCAGAGUGGAGUCUUUGGCAAAAUCAUCCACAUUGUACCCAUUUUGUUGACCAUUCUGAUCGAUGCCAACACUUCAUAAGUAUAAUGGACAUGAUUGAUUUGAUGAGACAAGACGAGAGUGGCUGCGGCUAUUCAUUAGAAAUUAUGCCUUAUUUAAAUAGGGAUGAUAUUUUUGAAAGGCCAUUCACGCUGCAAUCUAAAUUUACAUCUACUUCCAGUGCAAAAAAUGGAGAAAAAUGUAUAAAGGAUCAGUUAUUAACAAGGCAUAAACAAGAGAAGAAGAAAUGCAAACGUAUUAAUAUAAAACAACAUUUGUGUACGUUAAUGGAUGAAGAUGAGGAAUGCUCUCUUUUUAACACAAGUAAACUAAAAAGGACUAAGGGUCAUUGUUCAUCCUCAAAUCCCGAAACUGUAGAUUCCAAAGAACCAAAGGAGUCUGCACAAUGCGUUUCUGGGAAUUAUAGAGGUAAAGAAGCCUCCUCUGAGGAUGCUGUAUCAAAACCUGGUGAACAAGACUGUCAGUCCCUGGGAGAAACUGAAGUGGAUGUCAGUAGCGAUGUGCAGAUGAUGUCUUGUUUUGAUUUGUUCGUUGCGGGGGAUAUCUUGGAGGAUGACAUGAUAAUUAACUUGAAUAAAGAUUCUGUUGUAAACAAAUCGACAAACACCAAACCCAAAUGUGCUGGCACAAGGAGGAAAGGAAAUGGAGGGCACCUUCAUCCUGAACCAACAAACGAUUAUGUGAUGAAGGAUAUAAUGACAGAUGACAAUCUUUCUAAAUGCAAUGUAUUGAACAGUGUUGAGUCUGGCCACAAUAGUCAAUUAAAUGAAACAGCGGUUUGUGGAAUAAAUCUAUCCAAACUGUUUUAUCUCCCAGAAUCUCUCAUAAUUAGGGACAACAAUAUACAUAAACGAUCUUCAUAUUCAGGCCCUGGCGUUGAACACUCCAAUUAUGAACCUGAACAUUCAAAUUAUAAUUCAAUAAAGCAUGUUCCCACCAGUGUUGGAAUAGUUCUGGAAAAUGUAAAAUCAUUUCUUAAUACAUCUCCUCCUCUAGAGGUUUUGCCCUUUUUGGAAGAAGUAAAUUAUGAAGAAAAUCAACCAGCUACAUCAAAAACAACAACAGUGAAUAUUUUAAAUCCCAGUAGAAGUAGUUCACCACCAAUCAAUAUUAAAUCACCAGCUUUAAUGACUCGCACAGAGAGUGUGACCUCUGAACACUUGAACAAUCAUGAUUAUGCACAAUCCAGCUCUUCUUGGGAUGAUUUAUUUGAUAGCCAUGUUGAAUAUUUGGAUCAAGAUUAUAAAGCUCAAUCAAGUGCAAGUGAAGAAGAAAUAUUUCAUCCUUCACGUCUGUGUCAAACAGAGACUGAAGAAAAUAAAAACAAUAAAAUACCGAAGGAUUCUAUAAACGAUGAGGCACUUUGUGAAAACAGUUCGUCCUUAUUUGAAGACAAUCUGUUACGAGCUAACCUUCCAACUUUUUACAUUCUUGAUUAUAAAAGUUGUGCAAUCACAAAGAAUAUACCUGGACUUGAACCUCAUGUGUUUAAUGAGCCAAUACAAAAUGCUGAAGCAAGCUCCAGUAAAAAAUUGGAAAAUGGAGACACUGAACACAAAGUAACACCAGAGUCAUAUCAGCAUAAAGCAUUUCAAAACCAACCGCUUAUUGAAAAUAUCCAUGUUGAUCAGCAAAUACUUACUGCUGAUGAUAGUAACAGUAACAAGUACAAUUGUUCAGAUGAAUUAUUUUCAGUAAACUUUGAUCUAGGGUUUUCAUUUGAAGAUAUAGUUAAAGAUGCUGAUGCCCCAAUGACUAAUGCUGUUCACAACAAAAACAUUGAAUUCUCAGAGCAUUUUGCAGACAAAUCUGAAAAUGUAGAAGUGACUAAGACGGUUCAAGAUGAAUGCAGCAAUGUGGCUCCUUCCAAAUUAUUUCUUGAAGGAACAAAAGAAAUAAAACUGUGCUCAACACCAAUAUCUUUGAAACGCACAUCUUUGCAGCCAGGCAAAAUGGAAACUUGGCCUUGUAAUGAAGGACAGUGUUCGGCAACACAGGAUUUGUUUUCUCCAAUUUGUCAGCUUGAUCGUGGGGUUUUAUUUACUUCAUCUCCGACUUUUGCAUCCAUUACACCAGAAAAAAAAAAUUCUUCUCCCAAAUUCUAUGGUACUGCUUCCAGAAAACCACAGUUUAAAAACAGUCCAGUGACUUCUAAUAAUGCUGUGCACAGAGACAUAGAGAUUGUUAAAAAUGUCAUUUUUUCUGAACCUGAAGUCUCUCCUAACAUUACUGCUGUGAAAUGUGACGAUAGUGGAAUACAUGGAAAUAAAUCACUUAUAAAUUACAAAUCAAACAUUUUCCAAAAAAAACUGGCAUCACCUAUUAAUGGUGAAUGCAACAGUGAAAGUGAUGAAGAGGUUAUCAGAAGACCCAAUAAAAGAAUAAAACUCCGUGUUCCUGAAUCUCCGGAGGUGACUGGUGCCAGUGAUAUCGACUCGCCUAUGUUGCCUGUUCGAAAACAGAGGAAAGUGCUUAAUUUAAGCAUCACAGAUAGUGAAGAUGAUGAUUUUCGAGCAACUUCGAACAAGAAUAAUAAAGAUCCCAAGUUGUCCAGAAAUCUUCAUCGUCCCUAUAUCAAACAUUCUGCUCGACAGUUUCUUGAUGAAGAAGCUGAACUUUCAACGGAAGGAGCAGAAAAUGUGUCUUCUGAUGAAGAUGACUCUGACAACAUCAUUGAUACCUCUUUGAAACGUUUUAUCAAUGAUGAGUCCCAACUUUCAAAUGAUGUUGAUAUGCAAGCGAUUUACUUGAAAUCUGUACGCAGCCCAAAUAUCUAUAAGAAGAAAAUGGUCUAUAACAGAAAUGAUAUGACUAUCUUCUCACAGAUUCCUGAACAGGAUGAGACCUAUUUGGAAGAUAGUUUCUGUGUUCGGGAAGAUGAUGAAAAUGAAACCAAAUUAAGUGAUGAUGAUGAUGACAAUGAUAUUGUUAAUUUUGAUCUCAUUGGAGAAAACGAACGCAGACUAAGAACAAGAAAGGCAGAAAAAGAAAUUGGAAAAAAUUACUUGUGCAAAAAGAAGAAAAGGAGCCGCAUCAUUUCACUGGAUGAUUCCAGUGACGAAGAACUAGAUACAAAUGUGAAAUGUCAAUUGGCAGGAACAGUUCUGAUACAAAACAGCAAGAGUAAACAGGCUACAGAAGAUAAAAGUGUUACUUUAUGUACUUCAAAACCAAGCUUGGGUGGCACUUUUAAAAAGCCGAUUUCAAAAAAUAAUUUACAUGUAGCAGAAAUUGGUAAGAGCAAACCUUUAGAUCUUUGCUCCUUGGAAAGAAGCUGUGACACGAGGACAUAUCUCCAGGCUUGUGAUUCUGAAACCUUGGACUUUCAUGUGGAGCAAAAACAAUCAAGGUGCACUUCAAUUCCUCCUCCACAAGUUAAAUACACCACAACACAAGACAAGACAGAGAUGAAAUCCCACACCCAUAAGCUUACCUGUGACCCGUUUAUGGAGAAAUCAUUGGUGAACUAUGAUACCUCCACAACUUCAAGAACAAGUGAAACUCUGGGCAAAGAUCAUCUGACUGUCAUUCAACACCCAGUCGUUCCUGGAACAGCUCCACUGACAGUUCUUGUGGAUAGUCGAGAAAUCUCAUCUGGACCAAGUCUGGUUUCCUCUCUCCGUAUUCAACAUAACAUGAAGGCUGAAAUUUGCUCUCUCAAUGGAUGUGAUUAUAUAGUGAGCAACAGAAUGGUUGUGGAAAGACAAUUCUUACUCGAGUUUGCAAACAGUGUAAACCGAAGUAAGUUUGUGGACCGUAUUCAGCACCUGCAGGCUAUGUUUGAACGUGUGUGUGUCAUUGUGGAAAAGGACAGAGCAAAACCAGGAGAUACAUCGAGGGUUUUCCAAAGAACCAGAUACUAUGAUGGCUUAUUGUCAUCUCUGACCACAGCUGGAAUCCGAAUCUUGUUCAGCUCCAGUCAGGAGGAAACAGCUGGCCUGCUUGCUGAACUUGCCCGUGUUGAAGAGAGAAAGAACGCUGCCAUCACUGUACCAGUGGAGGUUAGCGGUCUCCAGCAGCACAUUUUACAGUUCUACCUCAGCUUUCCAGGUGUCAGUUAUAUAACAGCCUUGAAUCUUUGUCACCACUUCAGCUCCGUGAAAGAGACUGCUAACAGUUCAGUGGUUGAAAUCGUAGCUCGAGCAAAGGUUAGCCACCAGCGAGCUGAAAAGAUUUACUGUUACCUGCACUAUUUAUUUGAUCCACAAAUGGUACCUGAUUAACCAGGGCAGACCAGCGGGAAACAAAACUCAG